GUGGUUACCGUUGCUAUGAGGGGCCUAGCGCCUCCCCGCAACCAGACUUGCGAUGGGGAAGCAAACCAUCCCCAUCUACGCCCGGGUGAAGCCGGUGGCGCGGCGGCAGCGGGCGGGGAUUUAUUCCAUCGAAGAAGAUAGAUCCGCAUCCAGUUUAGAGAUUAUUGUGCCACGUGAUUUGGCAGAUGGAUUUGUCAAUAAUAAGCGAGAGAGUUACAAGUUCAAAUUUCAGAAAAUUUUUGAUCAGGAGACGAAACAAGAUGAAAUUUUUGAAAAUAUUGCUAAACCAGUGGCAGAAUGUGCUCUAUCAGGAUACAACGGUACUGUCUUUGCAUAUGGACAGACAGGCAGUGGCAAAACUUUUACCAUCACUGGAGGAGCAGAGCGUUAUAGUGAUCGAGGCAUCAUUCCGAGGACCCUGUCUUACAUUUUUCAGCAAUUGCAGAAGGACAGCAGCAAAGUGUACACAACCCAUGUUUCCUACUUGGAAAUCUACAAUGAGUGUGGUUAUGAUCUUUUGGACCCAAGACAUGAAGCCUCCAGAUUGGAAGACUUACCAAAAGUGACAAUAAUGGAAGACCCAGAUCAGAACAUUCAUCUGAAAAACCUGUCUCUUCAGCAAGCAACCAAUGAAGAGGAAGCACUAAACCUUCUAUUCUUGGGAGACACUAACAGAAUGAUUGCAGAGACUCCAAUGAAUCAAGCCUCAACUCGUUCCCACUGCAUUUUCACCAUUCACAUCUCCAGCAAAGAGCCAGGAUCUGCAACUGUCCGACGCUCCAAGCUACAUUUAGUUGACUUGGCUGGUUCAGAGCGUGUUGCGAAGACUGGAGUUGGAGGCCAGCUACUGACAGAAGCCAAAUAUAUCAACCUGUCAUUACAUUACUUGGAACAGGUGAUAAUUGCCCUUGCUGAGAAACAUCGAUCCCAUAUUCCCUACAGGAAUUCUAUGAUGACUUCGGUGCUAAGAGACAGCCUGGGAGGGAACUGCAUGACCACCAUGAUUGCAACACUCUCUUUAGACAAGAGAAACAUAGAUGAAUCAAUAUCAACCUGUAGAUUUGCACAGCGAGUUGCCCUUAUUAAGAAUGAAGCAGUUCUUAAUGAAGAAAUUGACCCAAGACUGAUGAUUGUCCAACUAAAGAAAGAGAUCCAGGAGUUGAAGGAUGAGCUGGCCAUGGUGACUGGGGAGCAAAGAACAGAAGAACUCACCCAAGAAGUGCUACUUCAAUUGGAUGAGCUAAUCAAAAAGUUUCUUGAAGAUACUGAUCAUGAGAGUACACUGGAUGUUGGACCUGAUAUGCGCAAGAUCAAAUACUGUUUUAAUCAUAUAAAGCAACUGAUGACUCAUACAAAGAUUCUUGAUAAAAAUCUUCUUGCACCUGACAUCACUGGAGACAAGAAUAGUUCAGUGGGGAAAGAGGAAUUUAAGAAACUGAGAGAAAUUCUUCAGCAACGAGACAAUGAAAUUAAUAUUCUAGUACACAUGUUAAAGAAAGAAAAAAAGAAAGCACAAGAUUUCCUCUUUCAGCUCAGCAUUGGCUCUAGUGAUCAUACAACCCUGGAGAGUUCUUCUGUAAGCUUGGAGGAAGGUGAGAGAAUAUCUACCUGUGAUAAUGUAAAAGAGGCAAAAGAUUUCAACCCUUCAAUACACAGAGCUUCUUUUCUUCUCAGGCGAACAGAUGGAUCAGGAGAGAUGUCACUUGGACGUCAGGAGGCUUUUGAAAUUUUCCAGAGGGAUUAUGCUGAUAAUGUGACCAUUGAGGACAACAAACACCUUCUUAAACAGAGGUUUGCUGAAGCAAAAUCCCUGGGAGAAAAAGUAAAUGAAGUAAGAAAUAAAAUAAACCAUCUGAAAGAAGAGAUAACCCAGCGCCACAUGCAAAGGGCAGCUCUAGGUGUUGCCAGCCCUUCUGAAGAGCUGAAUAAGUCUGAUCCAGUGGAAGAGAAACUUCGAGCACAACUUGAAGAUGAGAAAAAAAGUUAUAAAACCAUGUUCAAUCGUUUGAAAGGGCUGAAGAUAGAGAUUGAACACUUGCAGCUUCUUAUGGAAAAAGCCAAGGUGAAACUGCAAAAAGACUUUGAAAUCUGGUGGUCUGAGGAAGCAAGGAGUCUGCAGGAACAACUGGGAACACCACACUUGAGUAAUUCACCAAGUGCCUUGACAACUUCUCCCCAGUGUUUUGAAUCCCAGCAUCAACUGUAUAACAACAGGUUCUCAGAAAGCAGGAGAGCCAAUCCCAAUGAAUAUCCUACUGGAGAAAACAGCAUGAGCAACCUGAGUGACUCAGCUUCACAAAUAAGGCUUGGGGAUCAAGUAAAAUUCAUCUUAAUGUCCAAUAUUUCUGCUUUAGAAAUAGUCAAAAGACCUCCCUUCUGCCCCAUUUUUGUAUAUUUAAGAACUGCUCAAAAUUGAGUGCUUAGGACCUGCAACAUAAUUGACUGAAUAACAAAUGACUCAUGGAUGAAAACAAAAUCCAACCCUGUAAGGAAUGUUGUUGAAUUUGUGCAGUCAACAUCUUCAGCAUGAGCAAAGUUCAAGCAAGACUGAAAUGACUAAACUUUGUUUAUUUGGAAUUUGACAGUCAUAUUGUAAAGGUCAUAAUUACCUAAAAAUCUGUAUAACACUUUUCCAUAUCAGCAAUAAGUGAACCAUUUCUUUGUCGCCGAUCUCUUUUCUUCAUUUGAUGAACUGUACAAUGGAAACUUAAGGAAGAAGUCAUGUGAAAUUCAGCAGUUUUGUCUUCAUGUGUUUGCCUGAGCCAUUGCUGGUUUUGGUUCUGAUAGGAUCGAGAGUAGUUGUAUACAAAAACAGUAAGUAUUUGGUUUAUAAAAUGUAGGACCUUUGCUGAUGCCAACAAUGCAUUAUUGAUUUUUGUUUUUUGAGAAAACGCAGUUUUUAUGCCUCAAAUUGUGAGAUUGUGUUACAAUAUGAAAAAUGAUCUCUUUAGCAUUGUGACAUUUCAGAAAUUAAAGGUUUCAGAAAAAUGAGGUUUUCACUUAAAUACAUCAGAUUAAAUGUGACAUUCCCCCAAAUGUCCAGACUUGAACAAACAGCAGCGACAUUUCACAGAUUUACAGUGAAACUGAAAUACUUUUUGCAAAAUGCAAAUUAAAUAUGAAAAUGUAAAUGCAGGUUCAUGUGUUCUUGCAAAUAUUUUAUAUAGCUCUCUACACACUUUGUGUUAUCUUCUUCACAACUCCCAGUCUCAGUUCAAGAGUGAGAUUCAGGCAAGUAGAAAUAUUUAAAGUACACAUCUAAUUCUCCAAGAUGUACAUGAAAUCACUCUAUUUCAUGAUAGAGCUAAACUUGCACUGCUGAAAUCUGAAGAUGGUUGGUUAUUCAGAUACAAAUACAGAUAACCUGAUUGCCAAGAGCCCUGUAUUCUUAGAAUGUUUUCCUCAAUUUGUUGGAAUUAAAUUUUGUAGCAAAUUGAAAGUUAUGCCACAGCAUUCGCGGGAUUGGAAAAUACUUGGAGCUAAAGGUUUUCACUAAACUGGCAAUUAAAAUGCAGUCAAUAAGGUAGUUUUUAAUUUUAAAAGUACUGAGUUUCUCUGUAUUUCAGUUUACUCUAAAAAUCACCCCAGGGUCAAAAUAAAUCAAUACAUUUUGCACAG